AUGUCUUGCAGAGGCUGGAUUUACAUGAAGCCUGUGUGCAUUCAUCUCUUUAUCACAACAUUAUCAGUGCAUUCCGAUGCCCCGGGCCGUAACGUGCUCGUGUUCCCACCCGCCGCCUCCUGUGGGGUCGCUUUGGGAGACUCUGGGUGCUUUGGCAGAUGUCGCUGGUGCUCGCUCAAGGAGAACGACCUGUGCCUCUUGGUCUCUCACCGACUGAGAUCGAGUGACGGCGCCUGCUGUGGUGGAAAAAGGAUAAAGCGACAUGAGAGUGGAUACUGUUACCAACCCUCUUCUUCUGUGUUUUACGGUCUCACCAGAUUACGGUACGGUGGAGGUAGUGAGUCCUCACGUUUCUCUGCUCCAAGUAGGAGCUCUGUAAAAGAAGGAGAGAGAAAUGUGGGCCGCUCUGACUCUGAAAUAAUCUCUAGAACUAUGGGGGACAAAAGCUGCAGACCUCAGAAGCUGCCGGAGGGACCAGAGGGGCCAGAGGGGCUGGGGGGACCAGAGGGACCAGAGGGACCGAGGGACCGAGAGACCAGAGGGACCAGAGGGACCAGAGGGGCCGAGGGGCCGAGGGACCAGCUCCGACUCCUGCCACUGCAGAAGAUCUGGAUGACUCUGCGGUGA